AUGCUGGGAUGUAAGAGAACUGACGGGAGAAGAUGGCGGUGUCGCCGGCCAGUGAUGGACGGGAAAGAGUACUGUGAAACACACUUCCUUCAGUACUGUCAUCGGCUGAAGCACGAGCCAGUUCCCGCUGCUCUUAAACUUGCCGGAAUUAGGCACAAGAAAUUGGUCCCUAAAGUCGAUGAAGAAUCGUCACUUCAACAUGGCGGAGAAUACGAGUUACCCCUAAGAAGAAGGGGUAGAAAAAGAAAUCUGCCAUUGAAGGAUGUGGAUGCAGUUCGUCUACCCCGUAAAAGGGGUAGACCACCGAUGAAGGAGGCUGUAGUUGAAAUCUCUGAUCAACUUGAGGAUGGAAGCAAGUUAACUUUCCAAGACGGAAAUCUGCACUUGUAUAAUAUCAAACAGGAAUAUGAGAAAACUGUUGUUAAGGAUCUCAUGUUUGGACAAAUGGUGAUACCCCAACCUUCUCCGAUGUCCUUACAAUUCAGAACUGUGCAAAAAGAAGUUUCUCCGAAGAUGAAAGUUGGGGUUCCAUCUGCAACUAGAUAUCCCAGAAGGACGAUCCGUUCUAAAAACGUUGAAUCCGAUCCAAUUGCUACAGUUCAGAUGUUACCAAAUAUAAAAGAAAAUAUAAAAGCAUCUGCAAAGAAGAAUAUCAUCAAGAGGUGCCAUUGGUGCAAAUACACCAGCUAUCGUGUUUUUGUCCAAUGCUCAACAUGUAAAACACAGUUCUUUUGUAAAGAAUGUAUCGAUAAAAGGUUUUAUUGUAGGACAGCAAUCAAGAGAUUGUGUCCUGUGUGUGAAGGGACGUGUGAAUGCCGAACUUGCUCAAAAGCAAAAUCUAAAGAAGUUAAAAAGAAGGAGUUGGUGAUUUAUGAUUGUGAUGAGGAGGUGAUGAUUUACAAUGGUGAAGAGGAGGAGGUGGUGGUUUCUGAACCUGAAAAUGAGGUAGUUGUAUACAAUCAUGAAAAGAAGUUUGACAAAAGUCAACAACUUCACAUGAUUCGCCUCCUUCUUCCACUUAUGGAAAAAAUAAAUCAAGAAAAGAUGAAUGAGCUGGAAACCGAAGCUAUAAACAAAGGAAGAACUCAUUCCGAAUUACUAGUUCAGCUUGUAGAAUGUCCCAAGAAGCCAAUAUGCAGUUUUUGCUCUUCAUGGGUUACAGACAUUCACAGAAGCUGUGAAUAUUGCUCUUACAUUCUCUGCAUUCAUUGUUGUCAAGAGUUUCAUGAAGGAUACUUACAUUCAGGUCUUGGAGAUUUGAGGAAUACUAGGCUAGUUAGAAGCAAAUCAAGAAAGAUUUCAUGGACAUUUAGCAUAGAUGGAAGCAUAAGAUGUCCACCACAAACUUUAGGUGGAUGCAAUCAAGAUUUUCUCCAAUUAACUUGUUUUUCCCCCUUUGGUUGGACAAAAGAUCUUGAAGAAAACGCAAAGCAAAUAGUAAACAAAUAUAAAUUCAAGAAAUCUUUAGGGCUUCUUUCUUCACCUUGCUUACUAUGUGAUGAAAAUGACAAAUUGGGUAGUGAAAAAGUUGGAAACUUGAUUAAAAACAAGGGUUUGUAUUUCAAGACUAAGCAAGAUCUGAUUGAUAAAAAUCUUGAACAUUUUAUGAAGCAUUGGGGUAAAGGUCAACCUCUUGUAAUCCGUAAUGUGCUUCAAAGUCAACAACAUUUGAAUUGGGAUUUCGGUUACUUGUUGUGCAAGUAUCUUGAAAGGAGUGAAGGAAAAGGAAGAUCAAAAGGGGGAUUUGAUUGGUGUGAUGUGCAAUUUGGUAGAAAACAGAUUUUUAAAGGGGGUGUAACACAUGAAAAUGUGUGGCAAGAGCUUUUGAGAUUCAAAGUUAUGUUUUCUUCAAACUUUUUUCAAGAUCAUUUCCCAGAUCAUUAUGCUGCUGUGAUGGAAUCUUUACCUGUUCAAGAAUAUAUCACAGAUGCUGAUUUUAUAACUAAAUUGUGUUUUCAUGCGUAUGAUAUGGUUAAUAUUCUUGCAUAUGCUACUGAUAAUCUGAUUUCUGAGGACAAUCUUAAUAAAGUCAAGAUCUUGAUGAACAAAUACAGUUCACAAGAGCCUAUAAAGUCUUCAAGGAAGAUCAAAACAAGAAAUGAACUCGAAAAACUAUUUGAAAGUUCACCAAAAUUGGAGGCGAAAAAUAAAGAUGUAGAUAUGUCAUCUGAUGAUUUAAGCACUGAAGAUUCUGAUUCUGAUUCUGAUUCUGAUUCUAAUUCUGAUUCUGAUUCUGAUGAUGAAGUUUCAGCUUAUUCUCAACAUGAAAUUGGGACAUGUAGUCAUUAUGAAGAGGAACAAAUAGUUGAAACUCAUGGGAUUGAGUGGGACAUUUUUCACCAAAAAGAUGUCCCAAAGCUUUUGGAGUAUCUGAAAAAGUAUUCUGAUAAACUCGGUAAAUCUUGUGGUUCUCCAAAAAAGGUUGUUCAUCCACUUUUUGAUGAAGUCUUUUACUUAGAUGAGCUUCAUAAACUGAGAAUCAAGGAAGAAUUCAAUGUUGAACCAUGGAGUUUUGAGCAACAUAUUGGUGAAGCUGUUAUCAUUCCAGCUGGUUGUCCUUACCAAAUGAAGAAAGUUAAGUCAUGUGUUAAUGUGGUUUUGGAUUUCAUCUCACCCGAAAGUGCAACUAACUGCAUUAAAGUAGGCGAUGAAAUUCGCCGACUUCCUGUAAAUCACAAAGCCAAAGGGGCAAUGCCAAAGGUCAAGAAUAUGGUUAUUAAUGGCAUGGAUGCAGCAAUUGAAGAAAUCCGUACGAUUUUAAAACCGUAG